AUGGAACAAGCACGAAUACGAACUCAGUCCAGUGAUGCCGGAUUUGAGUUGGAUGCUAUCAUGUCAGUAUUCCUCUAUUCAAGAGCCUUAUUCUUAGAUACGAAGCAACAACAAAUUGCCUUGGCCGGAAGAAACCAGCAAGAAGUGUCCUUUUCCUACAAUCAAGAUCUAUCUCUUGCAUUUGAAGACAACUUAGCAAGUGGCGUUCCUCCGGUGAGCGAACUGUUUGCUGGAUUUAUCGGCUCAUAUAGAUAUACAGUCAGGCCGUCCAAGAUGAGAUAUUGCAGUGUUGGGUUUUAUGCGGCUGCAGGUGAUACCCCAUCUCGUUUUGUGGGAGGUCUCUCUCAUGAUAAUCCAUAGACAUUUGAGGACAGAAACAAUCAAGUUUGGGAGGGGCAGGCCACACGAGGGCCGCAGAGGGAAGAAAAUCACAGAGUAUGUUACCGCAAUGAAGUGGAUACUGCUUUCAAUUAACAUAAUCAUUCAUCUGUUAUCGUUGGAUUUGUAUUUCAGUCAAUGUAAGGCUGCAAAAGAAAAAAAAUUGGUUGUAUGAUUAUUUUGUGUGUGUGCUUUUUUCACAAAAUUGUUAUGGAAUAAAAUGAUUAAACAAAAGGAUAAAACUUUAUAUCGUAAAAUAGGUUGUGGUUUGUCUUCGUGAAAAAUAACACUUUCAAAAGAUGAUGAACAAGCAAUAUCAUCAUCACCCUACAAACCUAGCAUCUGAAAACGAUACUUAGACACGUUCAACAUUUUGGCCUGCAAGAAUGUAGAAAGCUUUUUACAGCAUUGAAAACACCAACAACCUUCUAGCCGCUUCAUCAUGAAAACAGAAAGCAACAACUAACUCACCUUCCUCGACACCGCAGUUUCAAAAGAACCUGAUGGACGCCCAACCACCAGAGAAUAGAAAAAGCCGACAAACACUGACCAAUACUUAGGGUAUAGUUCACUCCAUCCGCAAUUAGUGAAUCGCGGUAUUGUCAAAUGUCUUAACGAGCCUGCAAAACGUCUCACUACAAAAGCCUCCGUUAAUUCCAGGGAGAAAAAAUAUUUUUCAUCUUUUUUUUUUCUCUAAUGGCUAUCCUUCCUCUUUCGUGCAGAGGGCAGCGAAAACCAAGACACCGACUGCCAGCGUUGACCCCCCCCCCCCCCUUCCUCCCCCAAUGAGUUCAGCAGUCCCAUCCUAUUUCAAAGGUCUCUCCUAACAACUUCGUCGCUGUCUACAACAAGGUAUACGCGCUGUUUUCAAGUCACAGACUACGCUACGGUCACACCUGGUACGUCUGUUAAGAGAUAAAUCACAAAAGUGUCACAUUUGCCGCGGCUCGUAUGCCUGUUUGAGUUCAUCUGUGACCUGUGAUCUGAACCUCAACAGACACACGCACUAUAUAGAAACUUGUUUGUUAAUCAGCUUGUAGUUCAGACCCAUUGUGAUUAGGUGAUAAUGAUCGAUAGCGGUUUCCUGCGUUACUGAUGUUUCUUUUUUUAGCAGCUCCAUAAAAAGAAAAGCGGAAAAGCCGUGAAAACACUUGUUUCUCCUUUCAUUUUCGGCCCUAAGUCUCUCGAAACUUUUCUGCUUUUUUUCUCGGUAGGAUCGCUCAAAGCCUUAAAGAGUAAGGCGCACAGCGCACAUGAAGGUUGGCCCUGGAAACGACAUUGCGAGUUAGCAAGGAAUACUGGGAUAGUCCAUAAGCUUAUCGACAAGAUGGCCGACGGUGUGAAGAAAGAAGUCAUUAAACCUGGGAACGGUCGCACUCCGCACAGAGGAGCUACCAUUACAGUCAAUUGUACUGGAUCGUUAAACACGAACCCACCCAAAAAGUUUUGGAGGUAAUUUUUUUUAAUUUGACGAGCCGAACAUCUAUAUGGAACAAGAUCUUCUUGACGGAAUGAAAGCGCCUCUCAUUGACGUUCGAUAAAUUCCACAUUAGCACGAAGCACGUGCAAACGCUCUUGUCAAAUUUAGAAUACGCUGUUUGCAAAUUCAAAUUCCUCUGACUUAAUGAUAGGUAUCUUUCUAAUCUCUUGGGUAUUGCAGAACAAAAUAAAAAACUGGACUACUUAUGUUCUUUGACAGAACGAGAGGGAUAAUUAACCCUCACGCUUAAAGCAAUGAUAAAAGCAUGCAAAAAAAGCGAAAUGCGCCAUGAGGUGCUUGGUGCAAGUUUUUAAUUUUUUUUUCAUUCUCCAGGAUGGCAAUGUUUUUCAGUAGUAGAUUGGAACAAUAAAUCUUACCACACCCCCCUCCAUUCAAAGCAAUAAUUACAGCACACUAAGAAACUGAAUGGACUAUUUGGUAUAAUUGACAUUUUGAUGGGGUAUGUUAAGAAAACAAAUUAAAUUUUUCCAAUAAAGCAUCUUGGCAGAGAAACAUAUGGAAUUCUCACUCUUUCAUGGUUUACCCUAAUUAAUGUCCUGUUUUAUAGUACAAAGGAUCCAGGGCAGAAACCAUUUACAUUCCAAGUUGGAUUAGGGAAAGUGAUUGCAGGUGGGAAAUCAAUAAAUUAACUAACUCAGUUCCUCAAAAUAUAAUUUCCCAGGUGAACCUUCAAAGUAUGUAAGGUUAAUGUGAGCUUACUACAUAGACUUGUGUGUUUUAUACAGACUUGGAUUAACUUUAUAGCAGCUUGUACUUCUGGAUAACAUGAAUUUUGUAGGAGGGUAUGUUUGUUAUUCUUUGAUUCACACUGUAUCCAAAUAAUGGAUGUUACAAUACUUACUGGUAAUAAGCAACACUGGAUGGAUGUUGCUGUUUAAAAUCCUAUGUGACUAUGUGAGUCCUAAGUGACACAUUUAGACUCUUGUGAUGGGCUAUCACUCUAAAUAAACUAUGUUGGUUCACAAAUGAAUUUAAUUUUCUUUUGUUGAACUUGCUAACUAAUCAACCAAGUGUCUCUUAUCUUGCAAAUUAUUGCUUAGAUGGAAGGUUAUUCUGAGAUAUGUUGUAAUAAACUCAUAUCUUUAUAAAGACUAAUCUCUUGCAUCUAUGGCAUUGUCUUUAGCCUCCCAACUCACUGAUUUGUUGAUUCAUGCCUUGUUUUCCCAGGUUGGGAUGAAGGAUGCAUGACAAUGAGUGAAGGAGAAAUAGCAAAGCUCACUAUUCCUUCCCACAAAGGUUAUGGGGCAUCAGGUUUCUCGUCUUGGGGAUAUCCUUUCAACUUUGAAAAAUCUUUGUUGCAUUAUGUUUAGUCUAAUUUUGCAUUUCCUCAAUUAAAAGUGAAGCAUUUGUACUAAACUUAUUCAACCAAAAGAAAGAUUGUUCCCAAUAUUUAUGCAUUUAUUUGUUAUUCAGAAACAACUAGAGAGUUUUUUUUUGUUUCUUUUUUAUUUACUUCUGGUUAUAUUUUUUUUUCUCAGUGAUUGUUGCCAUCUUGAGUUCCACUCUGAAAUAUUCAUCACCUCUUAAAAAAGAACCUGAACUUUAUUUUGACCUUUCUUUUGUAUCAGUGUUCUCCUGUUAUCUUUAUGAUGGUUGGUAAGUGAUGAGAGGUAUAUAAAGCUCCUGAAAGUUUAUGGUUUUUUCAACAUCCUCCAAAUUAUGUGGUUAUUAUUGUUAAAACACUGCAAUUAAGGUUUUUCUUUUUUUAUCAAACUAGAAUUUAAUUGCCCUUAACUACUCUCACGAUUCCUCCCAAUGCUGAUCUCCUAUUUGAAAUAGAGAUUUUGUCCAUCAAGUGAUGUAAAGGACUCCCCUUGCUGUUCAAGAGGAAAGGACCAAUGCAGUACAAGCACAACAGACCCUUUAAAUGCAUUGUAACGAGUUAGGUAGAUGUAAGUUAUUGUAUGAGUUUCUUUUUCAAAUAGAAUUAUCAUUGUCGUUAAAAUAAAUGUAACAUUCAGGAACGCAGCACUAACAGGAUUGCAUUAUUAGUUGCACACAAUUAGGAACAAGGAUGGAUCAUUUUUUUUUUAUUUUGUAAGUGAAUUUGUAGUUGUGAUUUAGGUUGGUGUCUAAAGAGACACUGAAAUCUCUAUAGAUAUUAUCAUCUUGUAAUCCUGUAGUAGCAUGACAUGAUUAAUUAAAUCAUCUUUUCUACCGGCUUUGGGUCUUGAUGUUCUUGCAGUGUUACAAUCAAUGCGGUGAAAGAGUACAAUACACUUUGCAAUGGUCAUGAAUAUUGAAAAAUAUAAUUAUAAUAAGCUGAAUACUACACACAUUUUGAUCUAUGAUCUCCUGGAGGACUGACACCUAGAUGACGUCACCAUCAACAAUAUUUUGCUUUUUUAUCGUAGGUAACAAAUAUAUUCCGUACUUCAAUGGGUCUGUACAGUAAUAGAUCACAGAAGACAUCAAAAUGUAGUAGGAACAUCAGUGAGGUCAUCUGUGAUCUAUUACAUGACAGACGCCCGGAAUUUAUUUGUUAAUUAUGUGAUAAGCUGAAUUAAACGCACAUUUUCAUUGGUUCUUAGCUGUGAUGAAUUAGAGGAAAGACGCUUAGAUGAGGGUUUUAAAUGAUUAUACGUGACGCCUGAUUAAGCCCAAAAUUAAUUUGUAAAAUAAGGUAAGAUUUAAAGUUUUCCCUUUGAAACUCGUGACGUGUGAAAUACUGCUAAAAGUACACGUGAUGCGUUAAUUUUUCUGAAAUUCGUGCAUGGAACAGGAUCAGGACCCCCUUCCUUUCCAGUGCUCUUAGAUAACGUCACCAUUUAACCAUCUUUUCUUCCCUUAUGACGUAAUUCGUGAUCUGUUACUGAACAGACGCACGGCAACACGGAAUCUGUUUUCUAACCCCUAAACUCCCAAGAUAAAAUUGUCAAUUCACCCCUCUAGCCGCUGCACAUUCUCUUGUUAAACAUUUGUGAGAAUUUGGUGCUAGAUCGAUAACAACUUAUGCUUGUUAAGUUUGAGUAUUCUCAUCACCUGUUUGCUGUAUGACGUAUGGAUAUCAUUAUGAGAAGUUACAUGCCAAUCACUUCUAGGAUUUCAAGGGUUAAAAAGACAACAAUGCCCAGGAUAUAAGGAAGUCUGUGUGCGAGUUCUCGCGAACGCGCGAAUUAACAAGCGAAAGAACGACGUACCGCGAUGUUGUCUAUGCAAAAAAUUUCACCACAUUCAUUAAUUCCAUACUUUGCAAAAAGUUAAAAUUGAGUGCUUUUUUUCAAGUACGGUCUGUUAGUUUCGAAACGCCUGGUUAAUAUACACUUUAUUACAGUUUUUUCGUUAGUUAAUGAUUAUUGUAGUAAGUUAAUUAUCUCCGAUCAAAUUCCCACUUAAGUGCUCGUGUAAAGAUUCUAUUUCAAUCGUCGCUACUAGUAAUCGCUGCUAAAUCAUCACUGCUAAUCGUCGCUGCCAGAUAAUCGCUACAAGCUAUUUGUUACCAUUCGCUAUAAGCUAUUUACUACUGUUAGGAGCGAGACAAAAGUAAGUUUUUAUUUCUUUUACAUUUACGUUGUUUACCUUUUGUAUGUAUUAUAGGUAUAGUUCACCUAUUCAGUUUUCCUUGGAAUCGCUUCAUUUUUAGUUUGGUUAAGGUUACACGGUCUUCGUUCCCUCGCGUACCUUUACAUAAUGAGCUGAAAUAGAACACUCCUUGAUGUUUCUUAAUAUACCUUUAAAAAGACCAAAAUUUUAUAUUCCUUAAUAAAGAAAUGAGACUUGCGUGGAUGCUGGUCAUGUCUACGGUCGUACUAGCCACAGAUGCUCAAAAUACCGAAAGCUUCAGGCCCUGUCAAAUUCAACAGCUGAGAGGGAAGCUGCGAUGUGUUGUACCGAGAGAUUACAACAUGCGUCCUGGGGAUUGCCCUGGUAACGACAUCUGGUCCCUUUACAGAGAUCGUACAACCUUGAAGGAAUGUGCACGAUUGUGUUCCACAUCUCCCAGUUGCCAGGCCUUUAUGUUCUACAACAAUCACCGAUGUUACCCCAAGACUAAAACCUGUGCCACUGCAACCAAGACCAACCCCCUAAAUAUGUUUUAUGACAAAGUCCCAAGAGGCUUUGCCAUGAGACCUGGUGAUUGUAGCGGCAAUGAUAUCUGGUCCAUCCACGGAUUCGUCUCCUUGAUGGAGUGCGCCAGACGCUGCAAAGCAAACCCUUCAUGUGUUGCAUUCAUGUUCUAUGAUGGCCGCGAAUGCUACCCUAAGACCAGGACAUGUCGAACGACAGAUACAGCUAAUCCUAAGAGUUUCUUCUACGAUAAGAUAGCCUUUUUGAAA